AACGGAUGCCUCCCGUCCAAUCUACAUCGUGACAGGGGCACGGUCAGGGAACACGAUGAGCAUCUCCUGUCUUUCGGCUAGCAGAUUGGUACUAACCAGAUCAAUUUCCCGAUCGCAGGACGCAAAAUUCUCAUGUUGGUCGUCUUCCCUGUCUGCUCUUUCAGUAAGGAAGGAAGCUUUUCAGAGAUCAGUUUUCUCCCGACCAGCGUUUAGAGUUCCCGUCAGAGCCUCCGGAGUCGAUUCCGGGUUGUAUUCCUCCCGGACGUACCAACUCAACCCAGAGAACGUGAAUCUUGUUCUUGAUGAUGUUCGUCCGUAUCUGAUCUCUGAUGGUGGUGACGUUGAGGUCGUCUCUGUUAUUGAUGGAGUGGUCUCUCUUAAGCUCCAAGGGGCGUGUGAGACUUGUCCAAGCUCAACAACAACAAUGAAAAUGGGGAUUGAGAGAGUGUUGAAGGAAAAUUUUGGGGACCAAAUCAAAGAUAUAGUUCAAGUGUUUGAAGAACAAUCAGUCAGAACGACGGUUGAUUCUGUGAAUGCGCAUCUUGACAUACUAAGACCUGCUAUUAAGAAUUAUGGUGGGAGCGUUGAAGUGAUUUCCGUAGACGGUGGGGAUUGCACCGUCAAGUAUGUUGGACCUGAUUCCAUCGGGUCCGGGAUCAAAGCCGCCAUCAAGGAGAAGUUUCCUGAUAUAGUGAAUGUUAUAUUUAAUUAGUCAAGUCUCUCGCUGCCGACUGAUCUGUAAGUGUAAGCUUUAGGUGUAAAUCGUAUUUGAAAAAAAGAAAAUGAAAUGAAGCUGGGUUCUUCUGUAAACAAGUUACUUGAACGUCAGAGUGGCCUCGUACUCUUAAUGGAAAUUGAAGAAAAUUUAUUCUGUAUAGCUCAUUGCUGGGCUGCAA